AAAGGUAAAUAAUUUAAAAACUACUAGUUCGAAUUUUAUUUUCGAUACGAAGACAUUUUCAAAAAAAUAUUCUCCAAAUAAUUUACAGCAGAAAAAGUUAUCAUUUGAAAAACAAAAGUUUAUCACGUGAAACUCCUUAAUUAGUACAAAAAAUAGUCUUAAAGUACUUAUAUUUAAAAAUUCUGAUAAUCAGAUUUUUUUAUAAGUGCAUUAUUAAAAAAAAAAGAAGGAGUGAGCAUGCUUUAUGUAUCUUGUAUUAAAAAUAUGUAUACAUACAAUAAAAUAUAAAUACAUAUAAUAUCAUAGGUAUUAAUUAUACUAAUAAAAUUUUUAUAUCCACCCUAGCGUAUUUGAUAUACACCAUGGCAAUCAGAAGAAUUAACAAAUACACCUACUUUUAGUAAAACACUUAAAAAAUACUCUCGACGGCCAUUAAUAACCGAGAGACAGCAUUUCAAUCUACACACCGGCACACUAAAUUAACGGUUUUGCCCUUGGGACAUUGAUGAGUUCCUAUAAAAAAAAAGUUAACUGACGUAACGAUUUCCGAUUUAUGCCUAAAUAUUUCCAAUAAAAUGGCUGGAUCGAUUGAUUCUUGGAGCAUAUGCACGUAUUUUAAUACAAUAUUCGGAUGCAUAUUGUCUACUCUACUCUGUAUAUAAUAACUAUUAAACAUGUUCUUCUCAUACAAUAGUACAUAACAUCAAUAUUUGUUUAGAUUAUUAUUUUUCUUUUCGUUUAAUAAUUGUUUGAAUUAUUAAUAAUGUUUUACUUAAUAAAUAUAUCAUGUAAACUUUUUUUAAUAUUUACUUCGCUAAUAGGUCAUACGAUAUGCAGCAAUGUUGCACCGUUAAAUACCGAAGAGUCUGUUUACCAAUCGGGUUAUCCAUUGGAGAAAUACAAGCUCCAAACUCUAGAUAAGUUUACACUGGGCUUGGAACGAAUACCUUAUAGCAAAAACGGUGACCGGACCAUUGGCAAGCCUAUUUUGUUGAUGCAUGGUUUGUUCCUGAGUUCCUUCGUAUUCACGAAUACGAAUAAAUCGUUGAGUUAUUCGCUAUCGGAGGCCGGAUACGACGUAUGGUUGUUCAACGCCAGAGGAACGGGCUUAUCUAGGACAUACAGUAUUUACUCUAAGGUGGGAGCGGCGCCGAGAAUGAACAAGAUGUCAUGGGAUUUUAGUUUCCACGAAAUGGGCAUCUACGAUUUUCCGGCCGCCGUCGACUUUGUCCUGAACAAAACCGGACGCCCCAAAUUAGACGUCGUUGGCUACUCGUUGGGCGCGACCAUCGCACUUGUCGGGUUGUCGGAGAAGCCCGCGUACAACAAUAAGGUCGACAAACUAGUGUUGAUGGCACCGACGACCAGAAUGAUAUCGCACGGAUUUCCGAUUUCUGCGUUUCACCGCGGUUCCUUGUUGUUUAAAUACUCAAUGAAGGAACAGAAUUUUUUCCCGGCAGUUCAAGAUCCGGAUGCUGCACAUCGGUAUUUGAGAUGGCUAUGUACAUACACGAUUUUCUAUCCGUAUUGCUUAUUGUAUAUAGACACUGCGCAAGGCUCUAGAAUUAAUUACAAUAGAGAUAUGGUGGUCAGUACAUUAACGGAUUUCCCACAACCGGUAUCUAAAAAAAUGUUAUUCCAUUGGGUUCAAUUAAUGUCAUCAAAACGAUUUUGUAAAUAUGACUAUGGAGUGAAUGGAAAUAUGCAACAUUACAACACGAAAUCACCGCCAGAUUAUAAUUUGUCCAAAGUCACCACUGCGGUUUACAUUUUACAUUCAAAAGAUGAUAAUUUAUCCGCAAUAAAGGACGUUAAUUGGUUGGCGGACAAACUGCCGAAUGUGAAAGACAUCUACUACAUCGAUAACAUAAAGUUCGGACAUUUGAGUUUCGUGAUGCAUGCAAAUAUUGAUCGACUUAUAAAUAGUAAAAUAAAGAAUGCGCUACUGACAAAAGCAUUCAAUUAGAAUAUAAUUUCAUAAAAUAGUAUUAAACAUUUUAUUAUAUAGUUGUUAUUUUAUAACUGUAUAAUAUUAUUAUUAACUAUACUAUCACAAUACUCGCUAUAUAAUAAGAUGUAAUAAUGUAACCCAAUAUAACUGAUGUUACUAUACUCUUUAUAUUAUUGUAAAUUAGAAUUCAUUUUCACUAAAAUAAAUACUAUUAUUAUAUUAUCAUGAUUAUUGUUGAUUUUGUUAAAUUAUAAAACGAUAUUGUGUUCAAUGCAUGGAUAAUGCAUAGUUUAUAUUGAUAAUUGUUUUUAUUAUGUAAAUAACUCAAAAAUAUAUUUUAAAUUUAUAUAAGAUCAUUACACGUAAGAUACAAUAUACAUUAGUAUUUGCAUAUUCUUAUUAUUGAUAUUUUGUGAUUAA